UGGGAAAAUUUGACAGACCGACUGUGAAUCAUCGCUCAAUAACAACACCGUUUGAGCAAGAAAACUGCAACAGGGACGCUCCCAUUUGCAAUUCAGAAAUUAACAGCGAAGAUGCACUUCUUCCAACUUAUCGCAGUAAUAGUAAUCGUCGUGCAGUUCUCCUCCACGAUUGUGGCCCAAAACUGGGAAUGUACAGUAGAGCAGUACGAAUACGCCCCGAACAAAGGGGAUCAGUUUUGCGUGUUCCGGUCGGUUGAGUGGAAGAAAGGUAGGCCCGAACCCGAAAUUUCCGGCUCAACUGCAUCCAAGGUUGCCUUCGUUGACUCCAGCUUUGCCAGCAUACCGGACAGUUUCUUCAACAAAUUUCCUCAGCUGGAAAUACUGGUGGCGCAGAAUGGUACCCUCAAAGAGCUUAGCAUCAAGAACCGCGUGAAGAUCGUGCACGCAGAGAAGAAUCAGAUAACAAGCUUACGCAUCGAGGGUUCAGGCAUGAUGCUGAAAGAGCUACACAUACAGGACAAUCCCUUGACGAACAUCGAUACCAUCGUGCGUAGUUUGAAAGGUUUGGAGGUGCUGGAUUUGAGUAAAACGGCAGUUGCUGACAACAGCGAUGGCACAAUCGAUUUAUCGCUGUUCGCUUCGCUUCCCAAUUUGACCGAGCUGUACGUGACGUACAUGGAAGCAAGCUACGUGGAGAAUGAAAUCCAAGCAACCCUGCCAAAGCUGAAGCUGCUAGAUCUGUCAGGUAAUCUAAUCACACCGAGUAACUUUCGAUUGCGGGUGUUCCGUUCGAUUCCCAACCUGGAGGAACUAUAUCUGCGGGAUACCGUUAUGUCCGAUUUGAGCGUUACCGACAUUCGGGAGGACCUGCCGUCCCUCAAGCGGCUGUAUUUCGAUGGAAACAACUUACGCUGCGAUCUGCUAGAAGCACUGUUGGCACACUGUAAGGAAAGGGGCAUCGAAAUGCCUAGCCAGUUUAGAACAUGCUAUCUCGGGUACGAUAGCUUGGAAGGGUUGUGCUGCGUAUCGUUCAUUAGAGAUGUCCCUAAGAAUGGCAACCAAGGUAGCGUUUCUAACCCACCAAAGGAUACUGGUAUCGUUACUAAUCCGCCAAAGGAUACUGGUAUCGUUUCUAACCCACCAAAGGAUAGUGAGAGUCCCUCAACGGGUAGCACCACAACGAGCAACACGGUUGAUACAAGAACGAAGGAACACGAAGCGUCCAACGAAUCAAAUACUACUAAUAAGAUUUUGUUGUAUGUAGGCAUUGCUGUUGCUGUUUUGCUUGUUGUUGCUAUCGUGGUAUUUUUCAUAGUUAAGCAGAAAAAGAAACAUCAGAAAGUACCAACAAACGAUAACGCAAUGCACGAUGAUCUGUAAAAGUUGGAAUCUGUAGGAGUUCCGUUACAGAUAGCUGCUAGUAUACUAAUGCUAUCGUUUACUUAUUGCAAAAUCUAUCUUAUACUUAUUAUUUACUUUACUUAUUACAAAAAUCAAAACAAAAUCUAUUCGAAUCGCUUAAAGCAAGUAUACUGUGCUGUAGAGUUUUAUAAAAAUGCAUUUAAUUUUUGGAUUAUACCCACGGAUGCUCUGAGAGCGUGUACCAAAGGAGUGCCUUCUGACAAUCGUUAUCACUUUACCUCUCUGAUUGUUUGAAAAAGAUAAAUCAAAAUUUUGUCUACACUGCCACAAAUGUUGUUAAUUGUUUUGUGGACGAUUUUCCCUUUUUUUGGAUCUUACUAAACCACCAAUGUGUUGCAAAAAUGCCAUUAGUAUUUCAUUUAUCAGUUAGUACAGAACCUACGCAAAAAAAAACAGGUUCUUAGUCGAGGUUUUCAAUAUGAAUUACGUGUCUCGUGUGCUUUUGGAGCGCAACUUCGAAAUGUAAAGUUGAUAUUAACAAACAAAUAAACCAUGAAAAAAGUAA